CCUAUUAUAAUCAAAAAUAAACAAGAACAAUCGCUUCACUUUUCAGUCCGAUGUUUCGUGUAGAGCGUGCAGUGUGCCGACAUUUCCUGUGACUUUGAUAAAAAUUGUUAGAAAUACACCUUCUUCAGAUUCUUUCACCGGUACCGGGUUGCCUUAAAAGGCUGAAUAAGACUUCGCGGUGAAGACUCACCAUGGAUAAGGAUCCACAUGACGGAUCAGGUCCGCCACCAGAGCAAGAAGCUAAAGACAGAAUACUGUCAUGCGGCAUUAAGCCAAACAUUCUUAACGAAGAUCUCGCCACUGGAAACCCUGGCGACAUUAGCAGGCCAAAUGAAAGUAGCGAUGGGCCCUCAGGUACAAGCUUUGAGACCAGGAGCAGAGGUAUAAACGAAGAUAGCGAAGCAGCUGAAAGUCUUGAAACGAGUCGCAUUAAUUCAAACGAAGGUAGCGAUGGGGUUGCGACUGCAAGUUCUCAAGCCAGCAGCAAUAGUACAAAUGAAGGUGACGAAGGACAGCCGGCUACAAGUCGUGAAUUCAACAGCAUUAGCCCAAAUGAAAUUAUAAUUCCAAACGCGGAAACCAGCAAACCAAAUGAAAGUACUGAGCAGCUCGCGGCUGCAAGCCCUGGAUCCAGCAGGUCAAAUGAAGGUAGCGAAGAACUAGCAGCUGUUAACUCUAGCAACAUCAGCAUAAUGGCGAAUAAAAGUAGCGAUGAACUCACCGCUGCCUGUUCUUACACCAGCAGCAGUAGGUCAAAUGAAAGUACUAAAGAACUCGCGGUUGAAAGCCCUAGAUCCAACAAUGAGGACCCUGGAUCUGAAAAUAAAGACCCCAAAUCAGCAUUUGAACUUCAACCUACUGUUCCAACCUCUGAGUCCGGCAAAUCAAGUCCUAGCAAAUUUUAUAGGCCUCCAUCCAUGCGCGCUAGACAGCAAAAACAGAAUGAAGCUGGUCUCGUGAUAACUAAUGCAUCUGUCCCUACUGUGCCAACGUUCGAGCAAUUUAUUCUUCAGCAAGUCAAGGAAAAGAAGAGACAAGAACCAUUCGCCAAAGAAAGCAAUUACCCAAAUACAUCUAGCUUAAUCAGCCGUGCUAACCAGAGCCUUAAUCGUAAUGAACAACCUCAAAGAAAACGCCGGCAAAACACCUAUGUCCGGGACAUGUCCUGCAACAUUUUGGCAGAGAUAUCCCGAUCUGAAAGUGUAAUUAUACUAGAGAAGAUAAACCGUCAAAAGGAAAGCUUCAAGAAACUUAUCGAUUCACCGCCUGAUGAUCGAAAUCGAGAUGUAUUCGCUCUAGUAUUUGAACUCGUUACAAACGUAUGGAAAUCUUCUUUCGAAGAGUCAAAGAAGCUGCUUCUUUUGGAAAUAUGCAACUCUAAAUUCAUUGAUAAUUUACAGUUGUACUUAAUGCAAUUGCCUUACACAGAAAGCCGUAGUGAUAAACUUUUUAACAAGCAUUACUGGACUAAGGAAAAAGAAUUUUGGAACAAAUUUAUGACCUUUUGUGAGUGUCUCAUAAAUGUGUCGCCGUCGACUGCUGUUAGAAAAUGCGGAGCUCUCAUCGAGGCUACUAGCAAGAGUUGCCUUGAUGGUUUAAAAGAAAAGCAUGACUUCGAAUUACCCGAAGAAUAUACUACUAGAAUGACCAAUGUACGGGACAGACUGAAAAAACAGGCACAAAUUCAGAAAAUAAAGGACACGAGUGCUAAAAACGAACCUCUCGAGAGCUUCCGCGAGUUAAGCGUGCUGCCCACUGGCUCGGAGCUGCUGGAGCGGCGGCCGUUCCUGCGGCCCAACGUCGUGGAGGGCGCGUACGCGGACGUGGAGCACUACCUGGACGUGCAGUUCCGGCUGCUGCGGGAGGACUGCUUCGGACCGCUCAGGGAAGGGAUACACCAAUACAUCGAGGAGCCAAAGAAAAGAAAAUAUGAUCACAUUCGAGUUUAUCGCAAUGUGAAAUUUUUGGGACCCUUUUUCACAAAACAGCAAUUUGGGUCUCUCGUUUUACUAGAUCAAUAUACUGAAAAGAUGUUCAAGAAGAUGAAUUGGAAGCAAAGUAAGAGAUUUUUAUUUGGGUCUCUCCUGUUGUUCACAAAGGAUAAUUGUAAGAACUUUCUUGUUGGAACUAUUUUGCAACGUGACGCAGAACUUUUAAGCAAACGAAUUCUAGGUGUCAGCAUUAUUGAUUCCACAAUGGAUUCCGACUUGUACAAUGAAGAUUUGUACACCAUGAUAGAAUGCGAAGUGUACUUUGAGCCGUACCACCAUGUACUAAAAGCGCUUCAGGACCCCAACUUUCCUGAGCACCUGGCGAUGAGCAAAUACAUUGUCGACGUGCAGAAAGUGCCCGAAAAUCCAACAUACCUCACUCGGGAUACCGUAUACACUUUAAACAAAAAACGUCGGACGGUUACUAAAUUACAUCUUUUCGGACGUCGAAAAGAUGAAGAUGAAUGGCUCCCACUGCGUAGUUUAAGAAGUGGAGAAAAAGAAGAAAAAGAAUUAAAAUUUACAGUCCUGCAGGAUGAAACUUGGCCAUCUGAGACAGAGUUGGGCUUGAAUAACACCCAGUAUGAAGCGUAUAAACUUGCUCUCACCCACGAGUUCGCCGUGAUCCAAGGCCCGCCAGGCACUGGCAAAACCUUCCUUGGAGUCAAAGUUGCUAAGACUCUACUUGAAAAUGCACCAUAUUCCGAUGAUGAAUGUUUAAUGCUUGUCAUAUGCUACACAAAUCACGCAUUGGAUCAAUUUCUAGAGGCUUUGUUACCUAUAACAGAUUCUAUUGUUCGCAUCGGUGGAAGAUCACAGAGUCAGCUCUUGGAAAAGCAUAACAUAAGUAAUUUCAGAGGCUGGGCUUGCUACGAGGAAAGAGCCCAACUCGAGUAUCGUAUUCGCAAACUAAAAGACUUUUACGAAGCUUGUAUUUCGCCUGACAUUUUAUUGAACUACAUCACUGUUGUUAAAUACGCCGAAGAGUGCGAAAUCGUUCAUAGAUUUUACAAAGGAAAAUACGAAGAUGCUUUGAAACAUUGGCUGUUUGGAAAUGUAGAAAAUGUUGAAAUUAUUCCACGUUUAGAAGAACACGUUCAAAGUGACGGAAACGAAAAGUUGCAUGAAAAUAACCAUGUGGAUAAUGAUAUCUACGCCAGGGAUGAGUUGGGCAUAGAUGACGAUGAUAUUGAUGAAGUCUAUUAUCGUAGAUUGUAUGGGAGUUCAUUGGUAUCUUUCUCAUUGCCAGAAGCAGAAGAAGAGAUGAACAUGCUCGUGAAAAAGUACCACGAAAUUUUACAGGUUCAAGUCAACUUAGAAGAGCAGAACCAGGAAGUGGGCAUGAAUUACGGUGACAUAGUGAACACAUUGCAAGAUUUACAACAUGAGAUAUUUCAACUGGACUCGCAGAUAAAUAUUUUCAAGGAUAUGAUGAUAUGCCAGUCUCGUGCCCCCAGAAUAAACCUCGCACAUGUGAGGGAUUUAUCUACAGUUCCACUUAUAGAGCGUUGGUCAUAUUACUAUAAAUGGGCCGCCAUCGCCAAAGGUUACCUGAAAAAACAGGCCAAAAAAAGAGAGGAGUUGGUCCAAUCUGCUGCACAAGCUUACGAAGAAGCUCGAAUGAUAGCUGACCGUUCACUCUUAAGAGGGACUCGGGUUAUUGGUAUGACCACAAGCGCUGCGGCAAGAUUGCGAAAAUUACUGGUGGAAGUUUCACCGCCAAUAGUGAUCGUGGAAGAAGCAGCGGAGGUUUUAGAAGCGCACAUAGUCACGUCUCUCACGAAACAAUGCAAGCACUUGAUUCUGAUUGGAGACCACCAGCAGCUGCGGCCGUCGGCGGCGUACAUGCGGCUGGCGCGGCACUACCAGCUCGAGGUGUCGCUGUUCGAGCGCAUGAUCCGCAACGGCGUGCACAGCCGCCGGCUCGGCGUGCAGCACCGCAUGCGGCCCGAGAUCGCCGCGCUCGUUUCGCCGCACAUCUACCCCGACUUGCAGAACCACCGCUCCGUCGAGGACUUCCCGCCCGUGCGCGGCGUCGCGCACAAUCUCUUCUUCUUUUCGCACAACUAUAUGGAACAGCACGAAGAUGAGAACUCUACUCGCACUAACACCCUGGAAGCAGAUUUCACGCUUCGUCUGGCGAAUUAUUUAAUGCAGCAAGGAUACAAACCUGAUGACGUUACUAUUGUAGCUGCCUAUUCUGGUCAGAUGUUUUAUAUGCGAAGACAACGGUCACUGUACGACCAUCUCUCAGACGUGAAGAUCACAGUCCUGGACAACUACCAGGGCGAGGAAUCUAAGAUAAUCCUGUUGUCGCUGGUGCGCAACAACGACCACGACAGCAUUGGCUUCCUGGGCACCGAGAACAGGAUCUGCGUCGCCUUGUCCAGGGCCAGAGAAGGUUUCUUUAUACUUGGCAACAUGGAGUUGCUGAAGAGGAAUUCAACUCUUUGGACCAAUAUAGCUCAGACUCUGGCAGAUAACGGAUCGUUGGGGUCAAACUUGAAACUUAAAUGUGAGAACCACGGACAAAUAACUGAGAUUACAUCGUUAGAAGAUUUUGUAAAGGUGCCCGAAGGCGGCUGCCUACUGGAUUGUAAAUAUAACCUGGCGUGCGGCCAUCCUUGUCCGCGCAUGUGCCACGCCUACGAUAUAGCUCAUGCCAGCAUACAAUGUACUAGAGACUGCGAAAGGGAAAUCUGUGAAAUCGAAGGCCACAAAUGCCCAUCCAGCUGCAGUACAAAAUGUCAGCCAUGCAGGCGUUACAUGGACAAGCAGCUGCCGUGCGGGCACACGAGAGCCGUGCCGUGCUACAUGGCUCCAGACGACCCGGCCGUCUACUGCGCGGAGGAGGUUACCGUCUCGCUGCCUGGCUGUGGACACAAGGCAACAAAGCCAUGUUCAAAGAGGAUAUCAGACGUAUAUUGUGUAGAGAAUUGUGAAGCUGGACGGCUCAGUUGCGGCCACGCUUGCAUCCGUAGAUGCCACGUGAACGACGAUCCGGAUCACGAAAACUACAAAUGCGAAAAACCUUGCCCAAGAGCGAAGAAAGGCUGCACAGCAAAUUUGGAGGGCGAUCUUGGUGAUCACCAAUGUCCACUAUCGUGUGGUGAACCUUGCCUUCCCUGUGAUGUUCAGGUUAAUAAGAAGAAGUCCGGAUGCAAACACUGGAAACGAGGGGCCUGUAGCGAAGACUUGAACGCUGAGCAUUGCCGCGAGAAGUGCGCGCGCUCACUGCCCUGCGCCCACCACUGCAAGAAGCUGUGCUUCGAGAAAUGUGGAGAUUGCAAGCAAAAGGUAAAGAAAAGGAUACCCGACUGCAAUCAUGAGAUAGAGAUCGAGUGCGAAUCGGAGGCGACCCGCGAACAUUGCAAAAAGAAAUGUGAACGUAUCAUGAAUUGCGGUCACCCCUGCCGGGCGGACUGCCGCAAGCCAUGUGAUCCGACCACGUGCAAGGAGAUCACGGAGCAUAGCUCAGAGGCGCCUUGCGGUCACAUCGUCCAGCUGCCGUGUUAUGUGUAUCAAGCUAAGCAAUCAGGGUCUGUGUUGGAGGUGAAGCUGCUUUCUGCGUGCACAGCGCCGUGUGGCGCGCUGCUCCGCUGCGGGCACGCAUGCGGCGGCUCGUGCUCCGGCUGCCGCCAGGGCCGCCUGCACCGGCCCUGCGCCGCGCGCUGCCACCAGCUCAACAUCUGCGGACACAGGUGUGAGGAGCCGUGCAACCAGGUGUGCCCGCCGUGCCGCCGGCGCUGCUCGGUCAGGUGCCCUCACUCUGCCUGUGGGAAAUCGUGCGGCGCACCCUGCACGCCUUGCACGGAAACUCCAUGUGGUCGGGCGUGUGAGCAUUCAGCGUGUAGGCGCGCAUGCGGCGCGCCGUGCUCGCGCGCACCUUGUUCGGAAGCGUGUGCGCUCGCGCUGGCGUGCGGCCACGCGUGCCGCGGGCUCUGCGGCGAGCCCUGCCCGCCGGCCUGCCGCCUCUGCGACCCCGACGGCUUCCCCACCGACCUGCUUGGCGAUCCCUAUGGAGAUGACGCUAAGCUAAUUCAGCUACAGGAUUGUCCUCACAUCUGGGACGUUGACACGUUGGAUACUUUAAUGAAGAGCGAGAAUGAAACCAUCCAAAUUAAAGCGUGCCCGUUUUGUCGUGAACCUAUUAUCAAUACCUACCGAUACAAAGACCUGGUAAAUAAAAUGCUGAAAAAUGACAUCAACCCCAUAAAAGAGAAGGUUUAUGGAACUGAACAGCAAAGGUCAAAAAAGCGAGUCGAGCUUUAUACAAAAGUAAAGAAUCUAGGAGAAACUCAGAAACUUGCCAGAGAAAACGUUUAUUGGAACAUUGCAUAUAAUGCCUUACGUCAUGUCGUCGGAGGAAAAAACAAAGAUCUCUCUGUUCUACAUCUCGACAUGUACCAUAUCUACUUCGACCUACUGGUUGAUGUCGGGGACUAUUACACCAAAUUCGUUGCCGAGAAUUUAACUGAACUCAAAACCGAAAUGCAAGACCAGGUAAUAAUGAUUUGUGAAGCCCUGGUGGCGAGUAAGCAGAAGAUAAGCCAGCAGCAGCAGGUAGACAUCGGGCAAGAGAUGAAGCGUAUGAAUUCUAUCGUUCAGCUGGCUAAGAUUCUACAAUUGAGCAAGAAUACAACCAAUGCCGAGGUGCUGGCGAUAGCUAAAACUGCUAAAGAAGCUGUUUUGACCUGGAGUAUAUAUGACGAAGAAAAAGCUGUGGAAUGUCUGAAGAAACUUGAAGAGUUCGUGGAAUUAUCGGGCAUCGCCAGCAAAGAGGAGCGUGCUAUGGUUGUGAGAGCGAUAGGACUGAGGGCUGGGCAUUGGUACAAGUGUCCCAACGGGCACUUCUACUGCAUCGGCGAGUGCGGCGGCGCCAUGGAGCUGUCCAAGUGUCCGGACUGCGGCGCGGCGAUCGGCGGCCAGCGCCACACGCUGACGGCGGGCAACCAGCACGCCAGGGAGAUGGACGGAUCGCGGUUCGCUGCCUGGUCCGAGGAAGCCAAUAACAUGGCCAAUUUCCAGUUAGAUUAGGUCUCUACAUAUUUUUUCUUUAUUAGCGAGCGACCUAGAUAGAGCUUGUCACUUAAGUGCUUCACUUCGCUUCAUUAACAUCCUGACAUUUUUUACAAUUAAGUUAUACAUUUAAUUAUAAAAUUAUUUUACGCCUCGGUAGUGCACUUACUCGUAAAUAUUGUUUUGUUUUAUUUCAAACAAUCUCAAAAAAUGCAGUGGAUUCUGCUAAUAGUUUAGGAUUAGAUAACCAAAUGUAUAAUCGUCUUGAUUUAUUGUUUUUAAGACUGCUUUAGAAACAUACUUUAGCCUCACUAAGUUUACUUUACGUACCUAUUUUUUAUUUUAUAUAGAAUUCUGGUUGUAGUAACGUGUGCUUCCUCAGAGGCAUUUGAUGCCGCAUCAAGAUUCAAAUUCAUUAAAUCGUUUGAAAAUAAAUGUGUGAUUUAAAUAAUUAUUGUCCCAUACCUACCUAUGUAUCUAAAACCAUAGUGAUUAAGUCUCAGAAUUUCUGAAUAAAAUUUGUUCGUUUA